AAGAGAAAAAGAGAAAGUGAGUGACGGACGCUACUUGUAAGUUGUAAACACAGACAUCUUUUAUCUCCAUCAUCAUCAAUAUCAUCUCAUCUCUUUAGUCAGAGAUAAUAAACAAGUGUUUGAACAACUCUUCUUGCCUGGUUUGUUAUAUAUACACAUCCACACACAUUUACACACAGCUUUUGUACUCGUUUUAGAAGCCUACUGUAGCCUUUGGAUUUUCUUCUUUUUGUGUCUUGUAAAGUUAGCCUUUCAAUUAUUUGGUCGGUUUUGCUCCUCUUUAAUCUUCAUCAAUUUUUCAUUCAUUUCUCCACCAAUAUAUUUUUCUUACCUUUCUGCAACCUCUUGUCUGAAUUUCUAACCUACAAGUGUGUAUCUUAUAAUUCACUUGUUUAUAUAUAUAUAUUUACAUACAAAGACUUGUGUGUUUAUAUGUGCAAAGAUGAGAGCUGGACUUAGUACUAUACAACAAACGUUGACGCCGGAGGCGGCGACUGUGUUGAACCAUUCAAUCUCGGAGGCUGGUCGGAGGAACCACGGCCAGACGACGCCGCUUCAUGUAGCGGCGACCCUUUUAGCUUCUCCGUCCGGGUAUCUCCGGCAAGCGUGUAUUCGUUCACAUCCCAACUCAUCACAUCCGCUCCAGUGUAGAGCUCUUGAGCUUUGUUUUAGUGUUGCUCUUGAGCGGUUACCGACCGCUCAGAGUACGUCACCGGGGGCUCCUGAGCCCCCGGUGUCGAAUGCCUUGAUGGCGGCCCUGAAGAGGGCUCAAGCGCAUCAAAGGCGAGGAUGUCCUGAGCAACAGCAACAGCCGCUUCUUGCUGUUAAAGUUGAGCUUGAGCAGCUUAUUAUAUCGAUUCUUGAUGACCCGAGUGUUAGUAGAGUUAUGAGGGAAGCUAGCUUUUCGAGUCCGGCUGUUAAGGCUACAAUUGAGCAGUUGUUGAAUUCUACGACGCCGCAGGAAAAUGUUGGGUUGAGGGCAAAUCCAAGCCCUGCGCCGAUACAGAUGCCUGUAUCCUCUGUUCAUAAUCGGAAUUUGUAUCUGAAUCCAAGGUUGCAGCAGGGGAAUUUGAAUUCGAAUAGUCAGCAGGGGAGUUCAAGAAAUGAGGAUGUGAAGAAAGUGUUUGACAUUUUGUUGAGAAGUACUAAAAAGAGGAAUCCGGUGUUGGUUGGUGAUUCGGAGCCGGUGAUUGUGAUCAAGGAGGUUUUAAGGAGAAUUGAGGGCGGUGAUUCAAGCGAAGCAGUUUUGAAGAAUGUUAAAGUGAUUCAUGUUAGUAAAGAGCUUCCUUUGGAUAAAACACAAAUAGCAGCUAAGAUUGAAGAAUUGGGAGGAGUUAUAGAGAGUCAAAUUGGGGAUAGAGGGAUCGUUAUUAAUUUGGGUGAUCUUAAAUGGCUUGUUGAGCAGCCAGGGGUUGGAGCCGCUGGACAACAACAGGUUGUUUCUGAGAUUGGUCGUGCAGCGGUGGCAGAGAUGGGGAAGCUUAUUGGGAGGUUUGGCAAUAGGAAGAUUUGGUUGAUUGGAACUGCAACAUGUGAGACUUAUUUAAGGUGCCAAGUUUAUCAUCCAUCAAUGGAAAAUGAUUGGGAUUUGCAGGCUGUUCCUAUUGCUUCAAGAUCCAUGUUUCCAAGGUUUGCGGGCAAUGGAAUUCUUAGCAGCUCAGUUGAGUCUUUAAAUCCAUUGAAAAGCUUUGCAAGUGCGGGAACUCCUGCACCAAGGCUUUUAUCAGAGAACACAAAGCCUGCUCAAAAAGUGUCAUGUUGCUCUCAAUGUUCUGAGAGUUAUGAAAAAGACCUUGAAACACUGGUAUCCAAGGAGUUCGAGAAGUCAUCUUCCGAGGUUCAACCUGAAGCAACUCGACCGGGCUUACCACAGUGGAUGCAAAAUGCCACCCUUGGUAGUAAUAUUAAGACAAUGGAUCACUUACAGCCAAAGGAUCAUCAAUUGGAGUUCAAGCAGAAAAGUGAGGAGUUGAUGAAGAAAUGGAACAAUACAUGCUUGCAACUUCAUAAUGGUCAUCAUCAUAGUCUUGUGCCAGAGAGAAUCACCCCUACAGCUCUAUCUUUGACAGGAUUGGGAUUGUAUAAUCCAAAAUUACUUUCUCGGCAACCUUUCCAGGCCAAAACACCGCAAGGAAGAAAUAUUGAGAAUCCUCUGCAGUUGAACUCGCCUCAAAAGCCUAGUGAACCUUCACAACUGAAAUUGCAACAACCUAGAAGUCUUGGAGAGUCUUUGCAGCUGCAUUCCGAUCUUGGCUGUAGAAAGCCUUCUCAGGAUGCAAGUAGCCCCCCUCCUAGCCCAGUCCGGACAGACCUGGUUCUUGGGCCCACUAAAAUUGCUAAAACUAGCCCUCAGAAGACUAAUAAUGAGCCCGUGGUUAAGGACUUUUUGGGAUGCCUAUCUUCUGAACCACAAGCCAAGUUCAAUCAAUUGUUGAAUAACAAGUUUGCUGAUGCAUUAGACGCGGACUCAUUUAAGAAGCUGCUCAAAGGCUUGAUGGAGAAAGCUUGGUGGCAGCCAGAAGCAGCUUCUGCUAUAGCAACGACGGUGACACAAUGCAAAUUAGGCCAUGGAAAACAGCGUGGUGCAGGAUCGAAGGGUAACAUGUGGCUACUGUUCACAGGUCCAGACAGGGUUGCUAAAAGGAAAAUGGCAUCUGUUCUGGCUGAGCAUGUGUGCGGGACCAAUCCUGUGAGAAUAUGUCUUGGGUCUCGACGGGAAGAUGAAGAAUUUGAUGCAGGCUUUCGUGGUAAAACAGCACUGGAUCGGAUUGCAGAGGCAGUUCGGAGAAGCCCAUUUUCCGUAAUUAUGCUUGAAGACAUUGAUGAAGCAGAUAUGUUGUUACGUGGGAGCAUCAGACGUGCAAUGGAGAGAGGACGGCUUACUAAUUCUCACGGCCGUGAGAUUAGUCUUGGAAAUGUCAUAUUCAUACUAACUGGCAAUUGGUCAGCAGAAAAUGUGAGAAAUAUUGAUAAUGGAUGUUUUCUGGAUGAAACUAAGAUUGCUUCUGCCAGUAAACGUGGGUGGCAGCUUCGGCUAAGUAUGGUUGAAAAGAGUGUAAAACGGCGAGCAAGUUGGCUCCAUGACAAAGAUAGACAAACAAGGGCUAGGAAAGAUUCAGGUCUUGGUAUGUGCCUGGAUCUUAAUCAAGCCGCAGACGCAGAGGAUGAAGGAUCAUAUAAUUCAAGUGAUCUAAUUAAUGACCAUGAAACUGAACUCGGCCUUGAUAACACUCAGUUCUCUGUUACAUCUGUGCCUCAUGAGUUGGUCAAUUCUGCUGAUGCUGCGAUCACCUUUAAGCCUGCUAACUUCGACCACAUUCAACGUGAGGUUGAGAAGACAAUCACAAAGACUUUCUCUAACAUACUAGACGAGACUUCCUUUGAAGUACAAGAAGAUGCUCUUCAAAAGAUACUAGGCGGAUUGUGGUUUGGUCGAACGAGUCUGCAAGAUUGGGCCGAGAGAGUUUUACUUCCUGCUUUUCACCUUCUCAAGUCACGUUAUUCAUCCAACGAACCAAUGGCGGUUAGGCUUGAAGCUGAUGAGAUGUGUUCUGGCAGAGGCUGUGAUGAAGAUUGGCUUCCCAGUAGAAUUUCAGUGAUGCUGAAUGGAGUAGCAGUGUGAGGUGAAGGGAUACUGUCUGUAUUUUUGUAUUUUGUCACGGGCAUAGAUGUAAAUAGGGUCUACACAAUAUACUAGCAAGUGAAAGGAGAAAAUUAUAGCGUUAGGGGGGAAAUGGGUAAAAAAGAGGAUAUUGGUAGACAAUGUGAGAGGUUAAUAGACCAAACAUUUAUUAUUCUUCCUCAUAUUUUUUCCUAGAUGGAGAGCUCAUUUAUUUAUCCCUAUAUUUUUAAUAUUCAA